AUGGAAGCACACGAAGAGCUCCUCGCUUGGGCUAUAGAGAAAGGCGUUAAGAUUAACGCUAUCGAGCCUAAACGUAUCCCUGGUAGGGGUAUUGGUAUAGUUGCAACUCGGGCGAUUAAGCCCGAAGAGAUCAUCCUUGAUAUUCCUACAUCUUGCAUUCGUAGCAUAGACACGGUUCACAAGCCCAUCAUUCGCCAUCUCCCGAAGGCCAUUUCUAUCCAUGGCCUUCUAGCUGCCGAUCUAGCUCUGGAUGCAUCUUCCAAGUACGCGAUCUGGAACGCAGUAUGUCCAACUCCCGAAGACUUCGCUGGUAUGCCACUGGUAUGGCCACAGGGACUACGUGCUCUAUUGCCCCCAUCGGCACGAGACCUGCUGUUGAAGCAAGAAGCUAAACUCAAGCUUGACUGGGCAGCCGUUUCGGCAGCAUUCCCCGAGCAGCUAGACGAAGCGCGGUACAGGUAUGCGUGGAUGCUGGUUAACACACGAACCUUUUACUACGUCAAUAACAAGUUGAAAAAGAGAUCCAAAGAUGAUCACAUGUGCCUGCAGCCCGUUGCAGACCUAUUCAACCACACCGAUAUCGGGGGUUGCAACGUAGCGUUUGAUGACGAGGGGUUCUCUAUCAAGGCCACAUGCGCAUAUGCACAGGGAGAUGAGGUUAAGAUUUGUUAUGGUAGACAUAGUGGGGAUUUCCUACUUGUCGAAUACGGAUUCGCCAUGGACGAGAAUCGAUGGGACGAGAUUUUACUUGACGAAGUGCUGCUCUCGAGAUUGAGCGAACGACAGAAGGAGAGGUUGGAGGAAGUCGGAUUUCUAGGAAAGUACAUCUUAGACCGGGAGAUGGUAUGCCAUAGGACACAGGUUGCGGCAAGAUUGCUAUGCUGUGGAGUUAGGGAGUGGAAGAGGUUCGUGGAUGGGAUCGACGAUGGGGAGCGCAGUCAGCAUAACGUAGAUCGUUUAGUCUUGGAGCUGCUGAAAGAACAGAGGAAUAUUGCCGAAAAGAGGAUAUCCGAGGCGCAGUCACUAGAUGUUGGUGAGCCGCAGCAAAAGGAGACCCUAAUUAAGAGGUGGAAACAGAUUCAAGACCUGGUCGACAUGAAUAUUGUACGUCUUAUGGUAUGUCUUGAAGAAUAG